CACAAUUGUUUCCUGUAAUUAAUGGUUGGUACGACGAGCAUACGCAAGCAAACGGCUUCAAGUGAUCAUUACUCAACCGAAAGGAUUCUCCAAAAAAGAACACAGGUGAUCAUUUAACAAAAGCUCUGACCUUGAGAAUUGUGGGGUUAACUAUAACUGACUGUUCUCGAAAGCUCGGAUCUUGAAAAUUGAGGGUAUAACUAUAACAGACUGCUUUUAAAAACUAUAACAGACUGCUUUAGAAAGCUCUAAUCUGAAGAAUUGUGGGGAUAACUAUAACAGAUUGCUCUCAAAAGCUCCGAUCUUGAGAAUUGUGGGUAUAACUAUUAACAGGCUGUUCUCAAAAGCUCUGUUCUCAGACUUGUUCUUUAUGUGACCUGCUGUGCUAAUAACGGCACACUUUGAGCUGUACCAGUAAACAUGGCGUUUAAUUCUAUUGACUGCACCGACGUCUCAGCUCCGACGGUUCUGCCGUUUGUCACCGGUGGAAUAUCGCUUCUGCUUUUCCUUCUCGUUGUCCCAGGGAAUUUUCUAAUCCUCCUAGCUAUCUACAAAGACCCAAACAGAGAACUUCGCAAGAACCCAUUCAACCUUUUGGUGGGAAAUCUUGCAUUGGCGGACAUGUUGGUUGGAUUGAUAGUUCUUCCCAUUUCAGCCGCCGUGCAUAUUCGGGAAGGACAGCUCAUUUCACCGAAAUCCUCUGAGGUUUUGGCGAUCCACGUGUCGUAUUUCAUCGCGUGCACCGCGUCACUGCUCAGUCUUGCAGCCUUGGCAUUAGAUCGCCAUGUUGCUGUUAUUUACCCAGUGUAUUAUCGUACUGCGCUGAGUCAAACACGAGUGUCGGUCGCGUCAACGUUCAUCUGGGUUCUGUCGCUCUCCUUGCCGUCGAUCUACCUGAAGGUCGGAUACACAAGCUAUGCCUUCGUGUUCGCCAACAUCACUAUUGCUGUGACGCUGUUCUUUCUUUUUUCUUGCCUGUACAUUACGCGAAGAGUAAAAAAAGGAAAUGCGACGUUUGAAAAAGACCAGCACCCCGAGACCCCAAACAACGAGAGAAAAGACAACACUCGAAAAAGACGCAAUAGCCUUAUUGAAGCCCGUUUGACUAGAGUUCUCAGUCUAGUUUUGAUAGCCUAUCUAUUUUGCUAUGGUCCUUCCUGUGUGCUUAUUUAUCUCAUGAAUUUUUGUGUCGAAUGUAGUUGCACUCAAAUUCAUUGGUUCCGUGAUAUGCAAUUUGUGUUUGUUCUCACAAAUAGUUGCGCCAACCCUUUCUUGUAUUCGUGGAGGUUAACGCCCUUCCGAAAUGCUUUGAGGAAGCUACUAGGAAUCAAAAUGACAAGACAAAAUUUGUCCUCAUCUAGCAGUGAUACUCAUCACGGAACAUGCGGCUAGAAGAAGCGAGAAGUUACCAAAGCACUGCAAUUGGGCUAGCGAGUAUUUGGACUUAGAGUAUUCUGUGAAAAUUACAAUUGAACUAACGAGGAUAAUCCAAUUGUAGUAGCUCGAAAAGUUUCGAAAUAUGAUUUGGAAGAGAAAUGGAGAGACAAUAAACAUUUAUCAAUAUCGAACUGGGCAUUUAUUUUUCAUUGGGGUUCACGCGUUUAUCUAUAUUCGAAAUGUGCUAUAAUACAUUUAAAAGAGUUUUAGAGUGAUUUUCUUUAACCCGUGAACUACACUUUAGCGUAUUACACUUUAUUGUUACCUGAUUCUAUUGUUCUCGUUUGUGUUUUACUGACUAUUACCCUUUGACUAUCACACUUUCUUUCACGGGUUAAUGAAAACCACUCUACCUUAGUGAACUAAGAAAUAUACCUCAGAUGACAAUUACGAACAUUUACUUUAAUCAAGGUCUACCUACAUGGAUAUCUAAAAUUGGUAAUAAAAGAAAUUAAAUUCACGACGAACCACAAUAUUGGCUUCAAUCAAAGUUUACUUAUGUGGAUAUUUAAAAAUGGUAAUAAUAGAAGAUCAUUUCACGGCAUA